AUGGCGUCUCGAGAUCUGACCAAGACCUUCCUGGAACGGCGGUCUGCCACCAUGAUGAGGCGCCGAACUGCCGGAGAGGAUCGUGGUGGAGGAGGCGGUGGAAUGGUCAAUGACUCCUACACAAAAUUGGCCGCUGGAGGAGCAGAUGAAGAUCUAUUCUUACAGGAAGAAGGAGGCAUUCAAAUGUCCACUCUGGGAAAACAACAGCGUCCUGCUUGGGUCGAAGAUGUCGACGCCGUCAAUGAAGUCCUCAGCGACAUUCAGCGUCAAAUGGAAAAACUGCAUUCCCUGCAUGCCACGCGAGUGGGAAGUGUUUUUGGAAAGGAUUUGGACAAUAUGGAAGGACAAAUCGAAAAAUUGACACGAGAUAUCACCGAUGCCUUUCGAUAUGCCGAACGAUUGCUACAAAAGGUCGGAAUGGCUACCAAGAGAGCCGGCGGAGAAGAAGCCACCGUCGGAGCCAAUGUCCAGAGAAGUCUGGCCAAACGAUUGCAAGAACAAUCAGUUACCUUUCGUCAGAGUCAGAGAAAAUACUUGGCCGAAGUACAGGCUCAAAAGAGUGGUGGAAUUGCCGCUGGAGCCGAUUCCAGAUUCGGUAUCGACUUUAAUGGGACCUCCACCACUCAGGGGGGUGGAGAUUUCUUUACGACACAACAAAUGGCCGUGGUCGAUGACUUGACCGAAGCAGUACAAUCCCGAGAUCAGGAAAUUGUCAAGAUUGCCCAAUCCAUUGAAGAACUCGGAGCCAUUUUCAAAGAAUUGGCCGUUUUGGUCAUUGACCAAGGAACCAUCCUAGAUCGAAUUGAUUACAACAUGGAAGCUGUAGUGGAGAGUACCAAAACGGGUAUUCAGCAAUUGGAACGAGCCGAAAAGUCACAAAAGAGCGCUCGGCCUUUGAAGUGUAUCAUUUGUCUGCUGUCAUUGAUCUUUGUUCUGUUGCUCGUUCUGGUCUUGAAGCAUCGAAGGUGGCAUUGA